AUGGUAUCUAAGGAAGCUUGGCUUGAGCAAGCUCUUCAAGAUAGAGUGCAGCGAGUACUCAUGCUCACCAAGGAGUUCCUCUCCACAGUAGCUCUUGCCUUCCCCAACAACAAUGGAGACCAACCAGCUGGUGAUGGACUCCUAUUCUUCAAGAUAGGCACCAAUGGGCGCAUCUCCAUCUCAGCUCUAUGCCAACUCUUUGGACUUCCAAAUGAGACAGCCAUGACUUCAAGGAGAACUCAAAGAGGAAACAAGCUGCCUUUAAUGAUUGGACACACUUUGCCAAUGAACCAUUCUUGCCUUCAAGAUCAAAGGUGUCUAGAAUCACUCAUCCAGCCAUUCGCUAUGUGCACCGCCUCAUCUCCACCACUUUCCAAUGCAAACAAGAAGCCAACAAGGUCACAACUGAUGAGUUCUACAUCCUCACCACACCAUUCAUCAAGCAUGAGUACAAGGCCAACCUUGGCCUUUGCUUGCCAAGACACUCAUCAAUGUGAGGAAUCUAGCUCAAGACUUGGAAGGCAACAAGAAGCUUUGUGUGCGCUUUGGGAGACUCAUCACGGCCAUAGUGCAACAUGUGGGGAUUGA